UAUUCGUAUUCACUUAUUACACUGUUUAAACAUUAUUAAGCAGAUAUUACCCGAUAAGGUCUACUUGAUAAAAUAACUUGCAUAUAAUUGGCAUUGUAACAUUUUUGGUACUACGUAUCUGAUCAAUAAAACCUUUUCGUGUAGUACCGCUUCAAACUCACAAACCUGUCGGACACCUGCAAAAACCCAGUAGUCAAUAUUGACUCCCCGUUUCCACGAAUUCUAAAUGUGUCAUUUGCUAAUAAUCGUGAAAAAACACUGAUAUUGUUCGCAUUCUUGCGUUAUCUAUUAAUCAAAACUAACUUCGUGUUUUCGUGGGAUUUCUAAAUACCAAUAAAGGGCAGCUCACUUUCAUUUUUAUCUUAGAUUAGAUAAAUUCGCAAAGUGUCAGUUUAUUUUUACAUCGUUUAAGACGUGUGGUGGUACCUAGUUAAGACUUAAAUAUGUAUGAUGGUGGGGACUCCGUAAAGAAAAUUAACCCCAAAGAAAAAGCCAAUUUAUUUUCAUUAAUAACAUUCCUUUUCACAUGGGAGCUCUUCAGGAAGGGUUUUCGGAAAGAUUUCACCGAAGAUGACAUAUACGAAGUACCUCGAAACUUUCGCUCGGCGGAGUUAGGCGAUAAUUUAGAAACAGAAUGGGAGAAAGAAGCAGCUAAAAACAAACCGUCGUUGUUACGACUGCUAUGGACUUGUUACGGAAGGUACUACCUUCUGCUAGGGGUUAUCCAACUCGUGAUGAGGGUUCUCAUGGUGUUGGUUCAGCCACGAGCUCUAGGCAAACUCGUGUCGUACUUCACCGCGGACACCAAACUAACCCGACUUGAUGCUAUUUACUAUGCAACCAUCGUAAUAGGGUUUAACAUCAUCAACACCACCUACAACCACAACUACAUGUUCUGGAUCUUGGAACUAGGAAUCCGGAUUAAAACCUCAGUGUGCUCUUUAAUUUACAGAAAGUCGCUGAAACUAACCACGUCAAAAUUGUCGGAAAUUGGAAUCGGGAGAAUCGUGACGAUUGUCUCCAAAGACGUACUAAGUAUAGAAUACGCGAUAAUUUUUCUCAACGACAUGUGGAUAGGUCUGAUUCUGUUUGUUCUAACGUCGGCCCUAAUGUACUCGAGAGUCGGAAUAGCGGCUUUGGCCGGCUCUCUCUUCCUGUUGUUCAUAAUACCCCUUCAAGUCCUUCUGGGUAAACUCACGUCCACCUUGCGUCUAAAAGGCAGCAAAAUGACUGAUCGCCGCCUCCAAGUCACCCAAGAAACAAUCUCCGCCAUCAAGAUCAUCAAAAUGUACACUUGGGAGAUCUUCUUCGGUAAGAAAAUAUCAGAAGCUAGGAAGGCCGAAAUGAAGAAAACGCGUCAGAUUUACUGGACUAAAGCCACGGCUCUUGUGACCGGCGGACUGGUCAUCAACCUGACUUUAUACAUAAUCGUGAUGACCUACAUCCAACUGGGUAACACUUUCACCGCUGAAGUUUCCUUCUUCAUUCUGGGGUGUCUUCAAGCCUUACGAUCAACCGUCACCAUUUCCAUACCAAUCGGGAUAGCUCAAACCGCCGAACUCAUAGCUUCCGUUCGCCGAAUUUACAAAGUUUUAGCCGCUAAAGAACAACCAGAAACCGCUAGAGACGACAAAGCCCCGAAAGCGUCAAUCCAGCUCCAGCAAGUGUCAGUCGAAAUCAACAACACCCAAAUCCUCCACGACAUCGACCUAAAUAUUAAUUCUGGGUUGAAUUUUCUGACUGGGAGACUCGGUGGUGGGAAAAGCUCGCUCUUGAAGACUAUUCUUGAAGACUAUCCGAUCUGCGACGGCAAACUCCAUGUCAAAGGUACCAUGUCGUACGCAGCCGAAGAACCCUGGCUUUUCCCGUCCUCGAUCAGACAGAACAUCCUCUUCGGACAAGAAUUCAACGAAGAACGGUACAGAAAAGUGCUCAAGGUUUGCGCCCUUGACUUUGAUAUUGAUACUUUUGAAAAGGGUGACCACACGAUUGUCGACGAUCGGGGACAAAACUUGAGUAAAGGGCAGCAGGCGAGGAUCGGGUUAGCCAGAGCUGUGUACUGUGAUAGCGAUAUUUACCUCUUGGAUGACUGUUUGUCGUCGCUGGAUACCCAAGUGCAAAAGUUUGUGUUCACCGAAUGUGUGAAAAAUUUUCUUAGAGAUAAAAUAGUGGUUAUGAUUUCGCACAACGAAAAUCAGUUGAAGGAAGCUGACAACAUUAUUCUAAUGGAAAAUGGGACAGUCAAGUCGGUUUUAAAACCUUCUGAUAUUCCAGAUGAAGAACUCGAAAAUUUCGUCCGCGAAAAAGACAAAGUGGACGAAGACGACAUUAUCGAUAAUAUAGUGGUGGAUGAAGAAGACGACCAAGAAGACGCUAAAUUGAUUAAGAGUAAACCAAACCAGAAUAUCUACCACGAAAACAAGAAAGAAGGAAGCGUCGCUUACAAAGUGUAUCAAAAGUAUUCAGCCUUCGGUGGUGGGUACUUAGUUCUGGUACCACUUUUCAUCGUCUUUGUAGCAGCACAAUUCAUGACUAGCUACUCCCAGCAGUUAGUAAGCAGCUGGGUUAACAUUCAACAAAACAUAUCCGAAUACAAAUCUAACACAACCAAUACAACACAGUAUGACAAACUAGUUAAAAAAAACUCCAAAGCGUUGACCGUCUACUCUGUAGCGGUUAUAGCUUCCACUCUCUUGUUGUUAUUCCGAGCCUACGCUUACUUCACUUUUGCCGGAAAAGCCUCCGUGGGCCUCCACAAGUCCAUGAUUCUAAGCGUAGUCAAAGCAACAAUGAAAUUCUUCGAUUUGCAUUACAUUGGAAACAUUUUGAAUCGGUUUUCGAAAGAUUUAGCCACGAUUGACGAAAUUUUGCCCCUGAAUUUUUACGAGUGCUUGAGUUUUGUUUGUAGGGUCACUGGGAUGCUCAUUCUCAUUUUGAUAGUUCAGUGGACUUUCAUUUUACCGGCGAUAGUCGUCUUUGUGAUUUUAUUUUUCCUGCGAAGGUGGUACCUUCCAACUGGGAGGAGCUUAAAACGACUUGAUUCAGCAACCCGAAGCCCGAUGAUCGGUCACAUCAAUGCGUCUUUAGAAGGUCUAACAACCAUCAGAGCCUACGGUACUCAACAAAUCCUCAAGAAAGAGUUCGACAGACACCAAGAUUUGUAUACCUCGACGUUCUACAUGAUGCAGUCCACAUCAAGAGCUUUUGCCUACUUCCUAGACAUGCUAUGUAAUUUUUUCAUUAUCGCAAUCGUGUUGAGGUUCGUCGUAGUCCGGAAAGACACGCUGGCUGGAAAUGUUGGUUUAGCGAUAACUCAAGCCCUUGGUCUCACCGGUCUUCUCCAAUGGGGUAUAAGACAGUGGGCGGAGUUAGAAAACCAGAUGACCUCAGUCGAACGAGUCGUGGAAUAUAUAAACGUGGAACAAGAGAACCGAAGUGGACAAUCCAUCGACAAUUGGCCCCAAAAAUGCAAAAUCACCUACAAAGACGUCAAUCUGACAUACGGGAAAUCGAAAGACUACGUUCUGAAAAAUAUCAAUUUUACUAUAAACUCGAGAGAGAAAGUUGGCAUUGUGGGGAGAACAGGUGCUGGAAAAUCGUCACUGAUAUCAGUUCUUUUCCGGCUGUAUCAGUACGAUGGUACUAUAAGCAUAGACGACGUGGACAUUAGAACUCUGUCUUUGGAAUUCUUGAGAUCGAAUAUCUCCAUCAUCCCUCAGGACCCUAUUCUCUUUAGUGGUACCAUUCGUGACAAUAUAGAUCCGACGGGACGGUACAAGGAUCACGAGAUCUGGAAGGCUAUCAGUACUACUCGUUUAAAAGACAUAGUGCCCAGUUUAGAUUACAGAAUUACGGAAGGAGGGUCUAAUUUUAGUGCUGGACAAAGACAGCUGAUUUGUUUAGCCAGAGCUGUUAUAAGUAAGAGUAAGAUAAUUGUGUUGGAUGAGGCCACGGCGAAUGUAGAUCCGGAAACUGACGUCAUGAUCUAUACUACGAUCCAGGAGUGUUUUGCGGAAUGUACUGUUCUAAUGAUUGCUCAUAGAUUACACACUGUGUUGUAUUCUGACAAGGUGAUGGUGGUAGAUAAGGGGGAAAUCGUGGAGUUUGAUAAUCCGAAUGUGUUGCUCGAUAACAAGAAUGGGGCCUUCUACAAAAUGAUUGAACAGGCGAAUUUAUUGAAAUAGGUUAUAUUUUUAGAGAGAGUUGUAUGUUUUAUAGAAACUUCCAAAGGACAAUAAAAUUUUUCUAUUUACUGUA